AUGCCUCUGGCAGUCCAGACGAUCCUUAUCUCUUGUCUGCAGUCUUCUGUAUUAUCCAUAAAAGACAUUCAACAAAAAAACUACCAUAAGAUGACCUUUAGAACCACCACUGCUCAUGCCCUGAAAGCAGCCUGCCGGACUUUUACGCCUCGGUCGGGUCUGCAGACGACUACUUUUCCCACCGUGUCGUCGAGCUCGCGUUACCACACAGUGCAGUGUUUCGUGAACGAGCACAGUAAGGGCCUCCUGGACAGCUACUCGCAAGGCGGAUCUGGUGGCAGGACCACCAGACCCACCGUGGUGAUCAGCAGCGACAGUGAUGAGAUUGAGACCGUUUCGGGUCACGUGCGCGUUUAG